AUGACUGUGCGAGUGUCAGCUUUUGAAUCGAUACAGAUGUGCCCGGCCCUGCGCUGCUCACAUCUGGCGAUGAGUAAUGAGAUCAUCCGCCUGUGCUUCCAAAGCAUCUCUCUGGACAGGAUCUUAAAGGGCUGUGUGAUACCCAGCCAGCAAAAUCUCACCGUGUAUCCAGUUCUGUUCCACCUGGAAGGACAUUUACCUGCAUGCCUCGCAGAUUUACCUCAAGUGAUCCUGGCUGAGUCUGGCGUGUACCUACUAGAUGUGAAGUUCCUCAAGAAGUGCAUGGAAACCCAGCUGUGGGACUUAAAUCCAAACCCCCAGGAGUCGUUGGACAAAACUUGCCUUAAAGUGCCACCUUUAUUUACUGAAGUCAACAGGAAGUACAGGAAGCCAUAUAUAGUGCAGACAAGAGAGAGUGUCCUUCCAGAGAAAUGCACUGAUGUGGGAGAGCAGGUGAUGGAGCUGUGCUGCUGCCUCUUUAAGAUCAGGGUCAGACAGGAGAAGGUGGAGGCCAUGUCUGUAGAGAAGAAAAGCAUGUGGUGGAGAUCCAGAGAGAGUGUGACCAAUACUUGUCCAUCAUCCUACAGCAGAAGCAGGACUCCUCUGAUCCGUGUCCUGGGUCCCGCGGUGGACCCCACAGGGGCCCUGCUGCAGCUGAGGCCCCUGGUGGAGAAAGCUUGGAAAGAAAUGGAUGACGAAUACUUUAAAACCAUUCGUCCGUUGUUUAUCCAAUGUGUGGCUUCUUCUGGUAUAACCAGAGAGUCUUGGACAGAGGAAAAUGAGCUGGCAUUGGAUCCAUUUAUUGUGGACACAUCUCUCACAACCAUGGUGGUCUAUAUGGGCGAGCAUGACAAGCUGCAUGUGGAAUACUCCAUGCCUGAAAAGGUGGUGCAGCCCUUGUCCUCUUUUAGCCGCAUGGAAGGAACCAUAAUCACAGCUGAGACCUUUGAUGCGGUGAUACAGUUUAGCACAGGCGGUUCCAACCAGAAGGUUCUUCAUGACAUGACCUGUUUGCAUGCCCCCUCAAUUGCCCUCACCUCCUUCAGUGGAAGGAGCACCAAGAAUGAUUAUACCAACGCCAUUCACUGCUAUCUUGCUAGCAUCACAGAUGAUGUGUUUCACAAUGAGGGCUACACAGUUCUAUACAUCCCAAUGGAAGGCCUACAGUGCAGCCCUGAGGUGGCCAGCAAAGACAACAAGCUGGUGGAUAGAAUGGAGGUUAUUGCGGUCCGCUGGACGGAUCAGAUCAAGGAGCUACUGAAUGCAAAAGCAAUAACGAAUAUGAAGGACAACUGCGGCCCCCUUGAGGAGAUAGCCUUCUGGAAGAGUCGCUCUGCCAAGCUGUUGAACGUCAGCCAGCAGCUACAAAAGCCAGCGGUCAGGCACAUCCAGAACAUACUGAAGCUCUCCAACUCUAUGUAUGAACAGCGCUUCAGCAAUCUGGCCAAGGAAAUACAGGAAUGCUCUCUGCAGGCCCAAUCCAACCUGCUCUACCUGUCCAUACUGAAGGAGCCAUUUGAAGAGCUUACCCAGCUCAAGCCUAGCCAAGUUGCUCCCAAGCUGCGACACAUUGUCAGUCUCAUUCGCAUCAUCUGGGUCAACUCCACAGACUACAACAGCAGCGAGAGGAUCACUGGUCUAUUCCGCAAGAUGACUAAUGAGAUCAUCCACCUGUGCUCCAAUAGCCUCUCUCUGGACAAGCUCUUUGGGGGCUAUGUGUUAUCGAGCAAGCAGAACCUCACAGACUGUAUCCAGUGCUGCCUGGCCUGGAAGGACAUUUACCUGCAUGCCUCACAGGUUCACCAAAAGUAUUCUCCAAAAAGAUGGGUCUUGGACCAAACCAGCAUUUUUGUGGUGUUUGAUGUUUCGAUUCAGAGGUUCAAAGAGUUGCUUGAGGUAUGUGACUGCCAGUAUCAGUUUGCCCGUUGGGAGGAUGGUCAGCAGAGGCCCCUGCCGUGCUUCAGCGGUUGCCAGGGACCAGAGUUCACCCACUCCCUCCUGGAGAUAGAGGGCAACUUCCACCGGAGCCUGAAGAACCUGCACUCUCUUGACCAGGGCGUCCUUGAUGUCGAGAGCUCCACAUGGGGAAAUGCAUUCAAAAAGUUUCGUGCGUUGGUGAAGGAUCUGGAAAUGUUAAUGCAGAACCUGAUCAAAUCAGUGUUUAAGACGGUGACCACAGUGGAGGAAGGAGUUCGGCUUCUUGACAUUUUUAGGCCAAUGUCUACUCGAGAGGCCAUUAAGCGGACAACAGAAGAGAAGAUGGAGCAAGUGUACAGCAUCUUUCACAAAGAGCUCAAAAUGGCCAACAAGGAGCUGAACCAGAGGACGAGGUCUUAUCCUGACCACAUGGCCCGGAUGGCAGGCGAGGCCCACUGGGUGAGGGCCCUCAAGCAACGCUUAGAGAUGCCCAUGGAGGUGCUUCAGAAGGCCCACUUCAUGCCUGAGUCAAACAGCCGCAAGCAUGUCGUUUUAACCAAUGCCCAGAUGGUUCAGGUUUUUGACGAGAGGAUGAAGAAGCACUUCAGCGCUUGGAGCCAGAACCUGGAUACACAGUACCUCAAGAGACUGGAGCAGCCACUCCUGCUGCGCUGCAAGGACAAGACCGCCAAGCUGGAGGUCAACUUUGACAACAACCUGUUACUCCUGUUCUCUGAGAUCCACUACUGGGAUCGACUGAAGUUUGAGAUCCCCCAGUGUGUGUCUGACAUUUACCAGGACAGGGACGAACUCCGAGGCCUGAGGGAGAGAGCACUGCUGCUGACCAGGGACUACAACAGGGUCAUUGGGAUGCUGUCUCCUGAUGAGAUAGGUCUGUUUCGCGAGCGGAUUCAUUUCCUUGAUAAGAAAAUUCAGCCGGGGCUGACCAAGCUCGAGUGGUUUUCUAAAGGGGCUUCUAAUAUCUUCAUCCGGGAAGGUCUCCAGCACGUGAACAAGGUUCAGUUGUUGGUUGAUGGAUACAAACUAUCCAACCUAUCCAUCUCCAACCUCUGUUGCCAAAUCAGCGAAACAUUGCUGGUUAGACUGGAUGGAAAGACUGUGUUCAGGAACCUGGAGUUUGAGGAUGACCAGAAGAAACACCAGCAGAGCCAACUCCAAACACUGCGCUCAGCACACCAGGAUAUUGCUGAAAUGAUGUCUCACAUCCACAGCACCUUCUCCAAUGAUGGGCCUGAGGUCGAGGAGCACUGGGCGAUCUAUACAGAGAAGGUGAAUCACAUGGUAGAAGAAGCUCUAAGGAGCAACAUCAAGAACUCCAUGAAGAAGCUCUCCAGGGCCAUCAAUGGAGACAACAAGACCUCACCUAAUCCCUUGUUCAAAGUCAUGGUAGCAAUGCGCCAGGCAACUCCCACAAGUACACCGAAGGUCGAGAUCUCCCCUACGCUCGCAAAGCUCGCUCAGAUUGUGAACAUUAUGCCUCAGCUCAUCAACACCAUCUCAGAAUUUAAACGACUGUCUGAAGUUCUCUCCGGCAAGCAGUCAGAGGGGAAUCCCAUACACAUCAACAUAGAGCAAGACGAGGAGAUAAAGAAGAUUCAGGCUGCAGUUGCCACGGGGAUGACAGCCAAUGCCAGCAACCUGCAGAUCUAUCUAAAGACGUGGGACAGAUACAGGGAUAUCUGGGAGAACAAUCAGGAUUCCUUUAUACAACGCUACAAGAGACUAAACCCACCAGUCACUACUUUUGAUGCUGAUAUACACAGGUACACAGAGAAGGCCAACAGUGUUCAGCAGGAAGAGACGGUGUUGACCAUCCGGUUUGUCAUGCUGGACUGUUCCCCUCUCAAGUCCUCCUUGGCGCAGCUCUGCAGCCUGUGGCAAACCAAGUUCACUCAGCUGCUCAGCGACAUGGCGAGCACCCGCCUCAAAGAACUUCAUGGCUCCAUGCAAGACAAUGCCAACAGGCUGAAAAAACCUCCUCAGACACUGGCAGAGCUCAGUGGGAACAUGAAGCUGUUGGAGACUCUUCAGGGCAACCUGGCCAAGACAGAGGCUCAGAUUCCUCUCAUCCACGAACAGUUUGCUAUCCUGGACAAAUACGAGGUCCCAGUGGAACAGGCUGUGCAGGAGUUGCAUGAGGUGCUGAACGAGGACUGGGUGUGGUUCCAGCAGGUGUUGAUUGACAGUGACAUCCUGCUGCAGAAGGACAAGGAGAAGUUUAAGAACACCCUCCUCCUCUCCUCUGAGGAGUUCAAGAAGAAGACCCAGAGCACUAUGGAGGAGUUCAACAGCACAGGUCCAUUUGACAGUUCCCUCAGCACGGAGUUUGCCUUAAACAAAGUAGCCGAGCAUCACAGCCAACUGGAGGCUCUGAAACAGGAAGAGAUCACCCUCAUUCAAGGGCUGAACUUCUUUAAAAUGGAACAGCCCCCCUCCAAGAAGAUCCGGGCGCUCGAAAAGGACAUAGAACACCUGCAGCAGGUCUGGGAGAUCACAAAGGAGUGGAACGCCAACUGGAACAUCUGGAAGGUCGGUCAGUUUGCCACCCUGCGGACGGAGAACAUGGAGAGCACAGCGCAGGACAUGUUCAAAACACUCAACAAACUCCAGAGAGAACUAAAGGAUAAGGAGUGGAACAUUGUGGAUUUCACCAAGAAUAAAAUAGACCAGUUUAAGAGGAUCAUCCCUCUCAUUGCUGAUCUGAGGAACCCAGCCAUGAGAGACAGGCACUGGAAGCAGAUCUGCGACGAGCUGCAGUGCUCCUUUGACCAAACCAGCACUGCAUUCACCCUGGAUAAGAUCAUAUCUCUGGGCCUGGACAGGUAUACUGAGAAGAUCUGUGAGAUCUCUGGAGCCUCCAGCAAGGAACUCUCCAUAGAACAGAGCCUGGAGGACAUUAUCAAGACCUGGACGGACACACUCUUGGACAUCACACCUUACAAAGACAAAGGCCACUUUCGGCUGAUGGGCACAGAGGAGGUUUUCCAGGCCUUGGAUGACAACAUGGUCAUUCUGUCAACAAUGAAAGCUUCUCGCUUUGUCAAAGCCUUCGAGCGGGAGGUGGACAGCUGGGAGCGGCGGCUGUCACAGGUGCUGGAAGUCAUCGAGAUGAUCCUCACGGUGCAGCGUCAGUGGAUUUAUCUGGAGAACAUUUUCCAAGGUAAGGACAUCAGGGAGCAGCUGCCUUGUGAGUGUGAAGAGUUCGAAGAGGUUAGUUCUAGUUGGGAGACCAUCAUGGGCCGACUCCACGAGGAUAACAACGCCUUGCAGGGGACACACCACGCCGGCUUGCCGGAGAAGCUGUCAGAGAUGAGUGUGAAGCUGGAGGAGAUCCAGAAGGCCCUGGACAUGUACCUGGAGACCAAGAGGCAGAUCUUCCCCCGAUUUUACUUCCUGUCCAACGAUGAUUUACUGGAGAUCCUGGGGCAGUCACAGAACCCAGAAGCCAUGCAGCCCCACAUGAAGAAGUGUUUCGACAACAUCAAGAGCCUGAAGAUUGACAAGACAAAUAAACCACUGGCCGUCGGGAUGUCUUCUGCUGAUGGGGAGUUUAUCAGCUUCUUCGCAACAGUAUAUCUGGACAAACCUGUGGAGGUUUGGCUGUGUGAUAUUGAGUUAAGCAUGCGUGAUACACUAAAGGAUUAUCUGAGCGGCUGCCUUGUGUCUCUGAAGAAGAUGUCAGGACAGAGAGACAAAUGGGUCAGAGAUUGGCCGGGACAGAUGCUGAUCACAGCCAGUCAGAUCCAGUGGACCAUCGAUGUCACUAAAGCGCUCUUCACCUGCAAGGAGAGGGGUGACAAAUCGUCCCUUAAAUCCAUGAAGAAGAAACAGGUCUCAAUGCUUCACUGCUAUUCAGAGCUCAUCCGUGGCAACCUGUCCAAAGUCCUCCGUCUGAAGAUCGUAGCGCUGGUCACAGUGGAGGUUCAUGCUCGGGAUGUCAUUGAUAAACUGGCCAAGACAGGCUGCAAUGACGUUAAUGCCUUUGAGUGGCUCUCUCAGCUGCGACUCUACUGGGACAAGGAAUCCGAAGACUGCAUAAUCCGACAGACUAACACACGUUUCAAGUACGGCUACGAGUACCUGGGCAACUCCGGACGCCUCGUCAUCACUCCACUGACUGACAGGUGUUACAUGACCCUGACCACAGCCCUCCAUCUGCACCGGGGGGGCUCUCCUAAAGGCCCUGCGGGGACUGGGAAGACAGAGACAGUGAAGGACUUGGGCAAAGCUCUCGGCAUGUAUGUCAUUGUAGUCAACUGCUCUGAAGGACUGGACUAAUCCAUGGGACGCAUGUUCUCUGGACUGGCACAGACAGGAGCAUGGGGGUGCUUUGAUGAGUUCAACAGAAUCAACAUUGAGGUGUUGUCGGUAGUGGCUCAGCAGAUCCUCUUCAUCCUGUCUGCCCUCUCAGCCGGACAAACAAAGUUCCAUUUUGAAGGACAUCACAUACGCCUGGUCUGGUCAUGUGGUAUCUUUAUCACCAUGAAUCCUGGUUACGCUGGUCGUUCCGAGCUCCCAGAUAACCUCAAGGCCAUGUUCAGACCCAUCUCCAUGGUGGUGCCAGACUCAACUCUAAUCGCUGAGAUCAUUCUGUUUGGAGAAGGCUUCAACAACUGCAAGCUGCUGGCUAAGAAGGUGUUCACGCUGUACUCCCUGGCAGUGCAGCAGCUGUCCCAACAGGACCACUAUGAUUUUGGCCUGCGUGCCCUCACCUCCUUGCUCCGCUAUGCUGGACAGAAGAGACGCUUUUGCGGCAACGUUCCUGAUGAAGAAAUCCUACUGAUGGCGAUGAAAGACAUGAACAUUGCUAAGCUGACUUCUGCUGACGUGCCGCUGUUCAAUGGAAUCACCCAGGACCUGUUUCCUGCUGUGGAAACACCCGUCAUAGAUUAUGGCAAGCUCAGGGAGGCUAUAGAGGCGGAGCUUCGUCAGAGCGGUUUGCAGGUGAAUGCUUUCACCUUGACCAAGGUCAUCCAACUUUAUGAGACCAAAAACUCUCGACACUCCACCAUGCUGGUGGGCAAGACAGGCAGCGGUAAGAGUGUGACCUGGAGGACUCUGCAGAAGGCCCUCACCACCCUGCAUCAAAAAGGAGUGCCUGACUAUGAGCUGGUCCAGGACUAUCCUCUGAACCCCAAGGCCCUGAGUCUGGGAGAGCUGUAUGGAGAAAACGACCUCUCCACCAACGAGUGGUCUGAUGGAGUUCUGUCUUCACUCAUGAGAUCAGCAUGCGCAGAUGAGAAACCAGAUGAGAAGUGGAUCAUAUUUGAUGGGCCUGUUGACACACUGUGGAUAGAGAGUAUGAACUCUGUGAUGGAUGACAACAAGGUGCUCACACUCAUCAAUGGAGAGCGAAUCUCCAUGCCUGAACAGGUGUCUCUGCUGUUUGAAGCGGAGAACCUAGCACAGGCCUCUCCAGCUACAGUGUCUCGCUGUGGGAUGGUCUACAACGAUUACACUGACCUGGGAUGGAAGCCUUUUGUUCAGUCGUGGCUGGACAAGCGAAACAAGGCUGAAGGGGUCCAUUUAAAGCGCUUGUUUGAGAAAUACACGGAGAGCACACUGAACUUUAAGAAGACAAACUGCAAGGAGCUGAUUUCCAUCACUGAGCUGAACGGAGUAACCUCUCUCUGCCGCCUCUAUGACUCCCUGGCCACACCCAGCAAUGGGGUGAAUACUUCGGACACAGAAAACUUGGGUAGGAUGGUGGAGCUUUGGUUCAUCUUCUGCCUCAUCUGGUCUGUCUGUGCAUCUGUAGAUGAAAAUGGACGCAAGAGGAUGGACAACUUCCUGCGGGAGAUAGAGGGCACCUUCCCCAUCAAGGACACGGUUUAUGAGUACUAUGUGGACACCAAGAACAAAACCUGGGCUUCCUUUGAAGAGAAACUGCCAAAGGGCUGGCGAUACAAUGCUAGUGCUCCAUUCUAUAAGAUCAUGGUUCCCACAGUGGACACAGUUCGCUACAACUUCCUGGCUAAGGCUCUGGUGAUGGGUCGGUACCCAGUGCUACUCACCGGGCCCGUGGGCACUGGAAAAACCUCAGUGGCCCAGAGCAUCCUGCACGGCUUGGAUAACAAGUGGUCUUCCCUCACUGUCAACAUGUCCUCACAGACCACCUCUAAUAACAUCCAGGCCAUCGUGGAGAGCCGCAUAGAGAAGAGAACCAAAGGCGUGUUUGUGCCAGCGGGGGGGAAGCGCCUGCUGUGUUUCCUGGACGACCUCAACAUGCCAGCGCACGACCUCUUCGGCUCUCAGCCACCGCUGGAGCUGCUCCAUCUCUGGAUCGACUACGGCUUCUGGUACGACCGCCAGAAACAGACCUUAAAGUUUGUCAAGGACAUGUUCUUGAUGGCCUCUAUGGGGCCCCCAGGUGGAGGGAGGACUCACAUCUCUGGCCGCCUACAGAGUCGAUUCAAUCUCAUCAAUAUGACCUUCCCUCAUGAGUCCCAGAUUAGGCGGAUCUAUAGUACUAUGAUCAACCAAAAGCUCCAGGGCUUUAAGGAGGAGGUGAAGCCCAUUGGAGAGAUUCUGACUCAGGCCACCUUAGAGCUGUAUUAUGCUGUUUCAGCUCGAUUCCUUCCAACUCCAGCCAAGAUCCAUUACCUCUUCAACCUCAGGGAUAUCUCUAAGGUGUUUCAAGGUCUGCUUAGAGCUCAUCCAGACUUCCAUGAUACUAAAAACAGCAUCACUAGACUGUGGAUCCAUGAGUGCUUUAGGGUUGUCUCAGACCGACUGGUGGAUCACAGUGACUCUGAGGCAUUUGUUGCUCUACUGGGGGAGAAACUGGGCUCCCUCUUUGACCUCACCUUCCACAGCAUCUGCCCCAACAAACAACCGCCAAUAUUUGGUGAUUUCAUGAGUGACUCUCACGUGUAUGAGGACCUAACGGACAUGAAGGGUCUCAAGAAGUUCAUGGAGACCCAGCUGGAGGACUACAGCCUGACUCCUGGCGUAGUGCCCAUGAGCCUGGUGCUCUUCCGAGAUGCUAUUGAACACAUAACUCGCAUUGUGCGUGUGAUCAGGCAGCUCAGGGGCAACAUGCUUCUUGUAGGUGUGGGGGGCUCCGGUAGACAGAGCCUGUCAAAGAUGGCCGCCUACAUCUGUGAAUACCAGGUGUUCGAGGUGGAAGUCACCAAGCAAUACCGGAAACAGGAGUUCAGAGAAGACAUAAAGAAGCUAUACCGGUUGGCCGGUGUGGACAACAAGCCCACAGUCUUCCUGUUCAAUGACACACAGAUCGUGGACCAAUCCUUCCUGGAGGAUAUCAAUAACGUCCUGAGCUCUGGAGAGGUGCCUAACCUCUACAAACAGGACGAGUUUGUUGAGGUGUGCAGUGCUCUGUCAGAGUCUGCCAGGAAAGACAAAGUGGUGGAGACUCCUGAGUCCUUGUUCAGUUACCUGAUAGAGCGAGUCCGGAACAACCUGCACAUCGUGCUCUGUAUGAGCCCAGUGGGAGAGCCCUUCAGGGACCGCAUUCUCCAUUACCCAGCGCUGGUUAACUGCACCACCAUUGACUGGUUCUGUGAGUGGCCCAAAGAGGCUCUGCUGGAAGUCGCUGAGCGGUACUUGGAUGGACUGGAUCUGGGCUCCUUUGAGGGGAUCCAGACAAAGGUCGCCAGUAUCUUUGUGACCACACACCAGUCGGUUGCACACAUCUCCCAAAGGAUGAAAAUGGAGCUGAAGAGAAAUAAUUAUGUGACCCCCACCAACUACCUGGAGCUGGUGUCUGGAUACAAGAAGUUGUUGGAGGAGAAACGCAAGGAAUUGGGGGAGCAGGUGAGCAAACUGAGUAAUGGCCUCUUCAAGAUCAGUGACACGCGGGUGAAGGUGGAGGCUAUGUCUGUAGAGCUGGAGGAAGCCAAGAUCCAGGUGGCCGAGUUCCAGAAACAGUGUGACGAGUACCUGGCCGUCAUUGUGCAGCAGAAGAGAGAAGCUAACAAACAGAAGGAUGUGGUGAGUGCUAGCAGUAAGAAAAUCAAGGCAGAAGAGCUGCAGUGUAAAGCCAUGGCUGAGAACGCACAGAGAGAUCUGGACGAGGUCCUGCCUGCACUGCAAGAUGCCAUGAGGGCUCUGGAGUCUCUCAAUAAGAAGGACAUGACAGAGAUCAAGUCGUAUGGCCGCCCCCCGACCCUGGUGGAGACGGUGAUGACGGCGGUCAUGACCCUUCUGGGCAAAGAGCCGACCUGGGCAGAGGCCAAGAGGCAGAUAGGUGAGUCCAACUUCAUCAAAACGUUAGUUAACUUCGACAAGGACAACAUCUCGGACCGUGUGUUGAAGAAGAUCAGCCGGUACUGCAGGCAGGUGGACUUCCAGCCGGAGAUCAUCGGCAAGGUGUCGCUGGCUGCCAAGUCCCUCUGCAUGUGGGUCCGAGCCAUGGAGGUUUAUGGGAAUGCCUUCAGGGUGGUGGAGCCAAAGCGGGCCCAACUGAAUGCUGCCACGUCCCAGCUUGAAGAGAAACAGGCUGCCAUGGCCUCGGCCCAGAGCAAACUACAAGAGGUGGCGGAGAAGCUGGACCAGCUGCAAAAGGAGCUUGGUGAGAAGCUGGCCACGAAGGAGAGUUUAAGGCAGAAAUCAGAGGAAAUGGAGGUGAAGCUGGACCGAGCUGACAAACUGGUGACGGGACUUGCUGGAGAGAGGGUUCGCUGGGAGGAGAGAGUUACUGGUCUUGAAGAAAACAUGGGAUACCUGGUGGGAGACUGUUUGCUAGCAGCGUCUUACCUGUCCUACAUGGGACCCUUCCUUUCCAACUACAGGGAGGAGCUUCUCGCCAUCUGGAUGCAGGGGAUACUGGACUUAGCCAUCCCCUGCACACCAGGGUUCAGUUUUGCAGCUUUUCUGUCCAGGCCCACAGCAGUGAGGGACUGGAACAUACAGGGCCUGCCCUCUGACGCUUUCUCUACUGAGAAUGGAGUUAUCGUAACUCGUGGAAACCGAUGGCCGCUGAUGGUGGACCCUCAAGGCCAAUCUCUGAAGUGGAUCAAGAAUAUGGAGAUGGAAAGGGGUCUGAAGGUGAUCGACUUUCAGAUGCCAGACUACCUGCGGGUGCUGGAGCAAGCCAUCCAGUUUGGGAAUCCUGUUUUGCUGCAGAAUGUCCAGGAGGAGUUGGACCCCUCUCUCAACCCAAUUCUUAACAAGUCGCUGACACGAAUAGGCGGCAGGCUGAUAUUGAAGCUGGGUGAUAAGGAGGUGGAGUACAAUCCAGAGUUUCGCUUCUACAUCACCACCAAACUGUCUAACCCCCAUUACACACCAGAGAUUUCUACAAAGACCACCAUCGUCAACUUUGCUGUGAAGGAGCAGGGUCUGGAAGCCCAACUACUUGGAAUUGUGGUGCGAAAGGAGCGUCCAGACCUUGAAGAACAGAAGGACUCUUUGGUGAUCAGCAUUGCAGCCGGCAAGAAAAGCCUUCAGGAGCUGGAGGAUGAGAUCCUAAGGCUGCUGAAUGAGGCGACUGGAUCGCUACUGGAUGAUGUGCAGCUGGUGAACACCCUGCAGACAUCCAAAGUGACAUCCACUGAGGUUUCAGAGCAGCUGGAGAGCAGCGAACAGACUGAGAUCGACAUUGACUCUGCCAGAGAGGCCUAUCGCUCUUGUGCCCAGCGAGCGUCCAUUCUCUUCUUCAUUCUUAACGACAUGGGACGCAUAGACCCGAUGUACCAGUUCUCACUGGAUGCCUACAUUAACCUGUUCAACCAUAGCAUAGAAAAUAGCAAGCGCAGCCACAAGCUGGAGGAGAGGAUCACCAACCUCAAUGACUACCACACAUACGCUGUAUACAAGUACACAUGUCGUGGUCUGUUUGAAGUCCAUAAGCUGCUCUUCAGCUUUCAGAUGUGUGCUAAAAUCUUGGAGGUGGCUGGCAAACUCAACAUGGAUGAGUACAGCUUCUUCCUCAGAGGAGGCCUCGUUCUCGAUAGGGAGCAUCAGAUGGACAACCCCUGUACCAGUUGGCUGGUGGACUCCAGCUGGGACCACAUCACAGAGCUGGAUAAGCUGCCAAACUUCAAGGGCAUCAUGGCUUCCUUUGAACAGUACCCUCGUGACUGGAACCUUUGGUUCACCAGUGCUGAGCCAGAGAAUUCUACACUUCCAGGUGAUUGGGAUACUAACUGUAACGAGCUCCAGAAGAUGCUGAUAGUGCGCUCUCUGCGUCAGGACCGUGUCUCCUUGUGCGUCACCUCCUUCAUAGUGAACAAACUCGGCUCUCGCUUUGUGGAGCCGCCUGUUCUCGACAUGAAGGCGGUUGUGGAGGAGUCCACCAGCAAGACUCCUUUAGUCUUUGUCCUGUGCCCUGGGGUGGACCCCACAGGAGCCCUGCUGCAGCUGGCUGAGGCCUCCGGUAUGAGCAAGGACUUCCACGCUCUCUCUCUGGGCCAGGGACAGGCUCCAAUAGCCAAGAGAAUGAUAGAGGAGGGCGUCAAGAAUGGUCACUGGGUGUUCCUUGCCAACUGCCACCUCUCCCUCUCGUGGAUGCCUGAGUUGGAUAAGCUGGUGGAAUCGCUACAGAAGCCCCACCCAAACUUCAGACUCUGGCUCAGCUCCUCACCACACCCCGAAUUUCCCAUUAGCAUCCUGCAGGCUGGCAUCAAGAUGACCACUGAACCACCAAAGGGUGUGAAAGCCAACAUGAAGCGUCUGUACCAGCUGGUGACGGAGGCUCAAUUCAACCGCUGCUCCAAACCAGUUUUCUACAGGAAGAUUCUCUUCUCCCUCUGCUUUUUUCACAGCAUCCUGCUGGAAAGGAAGAAGUUCCUCCAGCUUGGCUGGAACAUUAUCUAUGGAUUCAACGAUUCUGACUUUGAGGUGAGUGAGAAUCUGCUUAGUCUCUACCUGGAGGAGUAUGAGGAGAUUCCCUGGGAUGCUCUGAAGUACCUCAUUGCUGGGGUCAACUAUGGAGGUCAUGUGACGGAUGACUGGGACAGACGUCUUCUAACCACCUACAUCAAUGACUACUUCUGUGAUGCUGCCGUAAGCCAGCCCUUCUUCAAGUUUUCCUCCUUAACCUCCUACUACAUCCCCCGUGACGGUGUCCAGGCCUCAUACAAGGAAUACAUCAGCAUGCUGCCGCCCACAGAGCACCCUGAGGUGUUCGGCCAGCACUCUAAUGCUGACAUUGCCAGUCAGAUCGCUGAGACCAGGACGCUGUUUGACACCCUGCUCUCCCUGCAGCCCCAGGUCACCAGCUCCUCUGCUGCUGGGCCCAGUAGAGAAGAUAAGGUAUUAGAGUUGUUGGCAGAUGUUCGUGGGAAGAUCCCAGCAAUGAUCGACUACGAGGGCACAAGGUCGCUCCUCCAGGACAACCCCACCCCUCUUAAUGUGGUGCUGCUGCAAGAGAUCCAGAGAUACAACUUCCUGCUGGAGACCAUCAUUGCAUCCCUGGCGGAGCUGGACAAAGGGAUAAAAGGCUUAGUGGUGAUGUCACCCAGCUUGGAGGAGACCUUCAACUACAUAUAUGACGCUCGUGUACCACCGCUGUGGGAAAAGGCGUACCCCUCACUGAAGCCCCUGGCAGCGUGGACCCGGGAUCUUUGCCAGCGAGUCAAUCAGUUUGCACAGUGGGCACUGACGGCCCAGCCCCCCACCCUGUUCUGGCUCUCCGCCUUCACCUUUCCCAACGGUUUCCUCACCGCUGUGCUGCAGUCCUCUGCUCGACAGCACAACAUAUCAGUGGACACGCUGUCUUGGGAGUUCAUCGUGUCCACUGUGGACAACAGCAGCCUCCUCUACCCGCCCAAGGAUGGAGUAUUUAUCCGAGGUUUGUUCUUGGAGGGGGCUGGUUGGGACAAGAGGAACUCCUGUCUGGUGGAGGCUGAGUCCAUGCAGAUGGUCUGCCCCAUCCCAACUAUCCACUUCAAGCCUGUGGAGAACCGCAAGAAGGCGGCCAAGGGUGUGUACCUGUGUCCGUGUUACUACUUCCCGGUGCGUUCGGGGGGAUCAGGCCGGCCUUCUUUUGUGGUCGGUAUAGAACUCAAAUCUGGAGCUGUGACCCCAGACCAUUGGAUCAAGAGAGGGACCGCUCUACUCUUGAGCCUGGACAACUAA